CAAUCACACGCGGGCCUCCCGGAAGUCCCUUCAGUGUCCGGGCAAAUGGCGGCGCCCCUGCGCGGGCGCCUGCGGGCGCUGGCGCUUGGAGGCUGCGGGCUCCUGCUGGGAUCGGCGCUGGCGGCGGGCGAUGAGCGGCUCUACGCGGCGGCGGUGAUGCCCGCGCUCCGGGCGCUGCCCCCCGAGGCCGCACACGGGCUGGCUUUGCGCGCYGCCGCCCUCGGGCUGCUGCCUCCCGCCCGUCCCGACGGCCCCGCACUGGAGGUGCAAGUCUUCGGGCGGCGGUUCUGCAACCCGUUGGGCUUGGCUGCUGGCUUCGACAAGCAGUGUGAGGCCGUAGACGGGCUGUACAAGAUGGGCUUUGGCUUUGUGGAAGUGGGGACUGUCACACCCGAGCCCCAGGAAGGGAACUCUAAGCCCAGGGUCUUCCGGCUGACAGAAGAUGAGGCGAUCAUCAACAGGUAUGGAUUCAACAGCCACGGCCACGUCAUGGUGGAGCGCAGGCUGCGAGCCCGCCAGGAGACGCAGAUCAGGCUCACUGCGGCUGGGAUGCCUCUUGGAGUCAACCUGGGCAAGAACAAGAGCUCUAGUGAUGCUGCAGCUGACUACACGGCUGGGGUCCGGACACUGGGCCCUUUGGCUGACUACCUAGUUGUGAAUGUGUCCAGCCCGAACACCCCAGGCUUGCGGGACCUGCAGGGCAAGGCUGAGCUGCGGGACCUGCUGAGCAAGGUGCUGGYGGAGAGGGACCUGCUGCCCUGCAAACAUAAGCCAGCCGUGCUGGUGAAGAUUGCCCCUGACCUCAGUGCACAGGACAAGCAGGACAUCGCCAGCGUUGUCUGUGAGCUAGGUGUGGAUGGGCUGAUAGUCAGCAACACUACCGUGAGCCGCCCCAGCAGUCUUCAGAGCAGGCAGCGCAUGGAGCCUGGAGGCCUCAGUGGGAAGCCCCUGCGGGAGCUCUCCACACAGACCAUCAGGGAGAUGUACGCUCUCACCCGAGGCCAGGUGCCCAUCAUCGGGGUGGGUGGGGUGAGCAGUGGGCAGGAUGCUCUGGAGAAGAUCCGUGCCGGAGCCUCGCUUGUGCAGCUGUACACAGCACUUGUGUACCACGGGCCGCCAGUGGUGGGGGCAGUGAAGCGGGAACUGGAGGAGCUGCUGAGGUACAUUGAGCCGCAGAGCCAGCCCAGUCCAGCUGCACGCUGUCCAUGCUUAGGGAGCAGGGCUUCAAGAACGUCAUGGAGGCGGUUGGAGCAGAUCACCGGKGCUGACACACUGCAGAAUGAAGGUCUAGCUGGAAGGAGCCGUGGCUGAGCAGGGAUGGGUCUGACGAUUCCAGUGCUGGGCAGACUGAGGCUGAGACAAAUUCCUGGUCCCAGCCCUGAGAAGGGUCUGAUGGGUGAAGCAGGGGCUGCACUGGUGUUGAGCAAAGGUUGGGGCUUUCACAACAGUGCUGCUGUUCAGGGCUGUGUUUUGGCAUCCAUGUGGACAGCAAAACUGAGUGUCAAUAAACAUUUGGGCCACYUGG